AGGGAGGCAGGAUUGGGAAGAGGACAGGUCUCACCCCCUGUGCUAAUCAAGCUUCUUGAAGUCUUGAUUUCAACUAUGUGUGAUAUUAAAUAGUUGCCACAUGUUGUGCCUUUCAUGAUUUUGUUGUUGAAUAAAGUGGUUCCCGACUGACUAGUUUAUAUACCAUUUACCUUUCUAAAGUACUUGGGGAUCCCCGAAACAAAAAAGCUAAGAUGAUUAUGAAGCAUAUGCAAUAGCUUUGGAAAAUUAGUUGCUGAAGUCACAGUUAGUAAUAGAUUCUUGCUUGUGUACUCUGUCCUCAAACACAAAGUGAACUGACGAGCAAAGUGAAGAAUGUUUAGCCUUCAGGUGAGUCAAGUCAUGUGACCCAAGCGUAUGUGGCCUUUGUAAAUCCCCAGUAGUUGAUGGUUUUCUUCUGCUGGUGAGAGAGAAGUUUCAUCAGGUGUCUGCUUUAUGUCAGAAGUUUAUUCUUUUUUAUUAGUUUCUUUAUUCCUAAUCUUUAGGCUUUUUCUUUUUUGGUGUCAGGUGUAGUAGGCUUUUGCUCUUUUCUGCAGUUCAUUUAUAUUUUGCUUGGGCAUUAAGAAAGAGCAAACAAACACACAAAAAACCAAACUGCUAUCUCGAAUGCAAAGGACAGACUUACAAGGAUGGCAACCCUGAGGCUACCUGAGAAUCCUGACCAUGUGGACGGAGCAAAUAGAGCACCAGAGCACCUUACGACUGUGUUGCAACACUGAGGAUCUGUGAUUUUUAUGAUGAUUCAUCAAAGACUUCAUAAGAUAAUUAAUGCAGGAGCAUUUGAAUCAUUGUUAUUCAGUGCCUGCUCACAGAGUAAUACAGUAAGGAACACGAUGUGGCUGUUAUGUAACUUGUGGAAUGUAUAAACUCUUACCAUGUGAGCAUUGACAUUCUGGGGAGUGUAAACAAAUUAGAGGAACAAUAUAGGUCACAGGGCAAAAGGAGGAGGAGAUGGUCCAAGUGAUUUUGGAAACUUUGUCUCCUGCUCUCUUUUUCCACCAGGCACACAUGCACUAAAGUUAUGAUUCCAUCUUUGGGUUUUAGACAUAAGCAAGCCACCCUUCCAGGAUAUGAUUGAAUUGGAGUCCCUUGCUGGACUUACAGAUAGCACCAUAGCAUUUUUGAUUAUUCAUAGUAUGGAAUCAUCAAGUGACAUCAAAAAUUGCCAGUUGAGUUUGGGCAGUCGCUGGAUGCAGAGGAGGUGUGACGUUUCCAACAUUCAGCAGCUGAAAUGUUUUUUUUUCACUCCACACAGAUUGGAACAUUGUUGGGUCUCUCAGUGUCUCCUCCACAUAGCUUCUUCCCACACUUCUGCCCCUUAUUGCCUGGCUUGAGGCCAUAUGUGUGUUCAGAAAGCUACAGCAACAAAGAAAAUGCAACAAAAUGGAAACAGCUUCCCUCCUCCCUAGUCAAGAGCUCUUUGAAGGUAACCGCUCUGGUGUCACUGUAGAAGAGGACCCUGACAGCAAGCUGAUGAAUGAGGACAUAUGUAUCCAUGCGUGGCCCUGUUCCUAUUACUUAGACCCUGAGAAACGAUGGGUCUACGGCAGACUCUCACUGACUCCUCUAGCGGUCCGAUUUACAGCUGACAAGACGGGCGAGCUGCUGGUCCACUUCCAUCUCUCCAGCAUCUGUGAGAUCAAGAAGGAGUCCUCCAGUUUCAUCUUCAGUUCCCUCACAAUUCUGGAGAAGGAGAACACCAAGCACUGGUUCAGCUCCCUCCAGCCCAAUAGAAAUGUGGUCUUCAACAUCCUGGAGCACUUCUGGAGGGAGCAGUUGCUGGCGCGCCCAGGGGCUGGAGCUCCGCAGACGACAAAAGGGAAAGAACUGACGGGCUUACUCUCUGCGUCUCAGAAACGUCUGGAGGAUACAGCAAAAGUGCUCCACUAUCAGGGUGAACAGUUUGGGAACAUCAUGUCAGGGCUGACCAAGAUUGACUCAGACCUGGAUGUAGCAGACAGGUUGUUGACAGAACUUGAAUCUCCUCCUUGGUGGCCUUUCAGCGGCAAAGUCUGGAAAGGGCCAUUGGAAGCAAAGCCAAAGGAGGCAGCCAUGAUUUCAGGGUCAAAGAACCAGGAAGGAGUAAUCAUCAGAAUUCCAGUUAUCAUCACCCACAGGACAAACUCUAGUGUCACACCAGGAAAACUCACGCUUCUGGUUACUGGCCUGGAAAUCAGUGACUCUAAUUCUCAGGUCAUUCACUGGUUUGAAUUGAAAGAUAUUGAUGAUAUCAAAGUUCAUACGCCGUAUGAGAUCAGUGUCCGUCAGAGGUUUAUUGGGAAGCCAGACACCUCUUAUCGGCUCUUGUCAGCAAAGAUGCCAGAAGCAAUCCCGAUCUUGGAGAUGCAGUUUAGCAAGAAAAUACAGUUUUUGGAAGACGCUUUGGGCUUUGUCGGUGCAAGGAAGUCUCCGCAGACAGAUCUGGGCAAUUCCAUUUGGCAAGCAGCCACGGGUCUUGUAGUAAGUACGGAAAAACCUGGAUCCUCAUCUGGAGGAGGCAACGGUAGCCAGUUGCAGCUGCAAAAGCAGGAACAAAUCGUGUCUGAGUCAGAAACACAAGAACUUAAACAGAUACUGAGGAAGCUCAAGAGCCUCGCCUUAGAAACAGACGCGGAACUGGAGAGACAGGAUGAAGUUCUCGACGUCCUUACCACCUCUGUAGAUCGGGCGACUUUGAAUAUCGACAAGCACAACCGCAGAAUGAAGAAGCUAACGUAGCACCCGUGUGAGCCAGUGGGUUUAAUAACCAGAGGGAUUGUGCAAUGAUAUAUUUGUCAGACUAUGUAUAGAAGUUUUGAUUGUACAGGAGCCAUCUAUCAUAUUAUCUUGAAUGCUGCUGUGGAACUUUGGGGAGCGGGGAGGAGCAGGAUGGGGAGGGAAAGGAAUGUGGAAACAUUUCCGUGCUGGGAUAAUUUUUAAAGGCAUUUUAAACUUAAAAAGGCCUAAACCGUUGAUCGUCUGGAAACAAUGACUGUGAAAUCCCUGCUACAGAAGAUCCUUAAAUGUAAAAUAUUGGGACCACCUCUGAAUUGAUGUUCAUGCCACAUGCUAAGUUACUGCUUUUGAAAAGUAACUUUUCUGUAAUAAGAGCGAAGAUGAGUAGGCAGUGUGGCUCUACCAGAUAAUUACAGUCCAAAAUUCUUGCAAGUUCUCUCCAAAAACAGAGGCAAAGUAGAAGUUGACCAAUCCCCACUUAGCACCAGGAGUCCCGUUUCAAGUUGUUGAAUUUCACAAAUUAGUGACUGAGUGAAGACGCCGAAUGGCUAACGAUAAAAUAACUUUGUUCACUUAUUGUACGAAUGUAACCGAGCGUUAGUGAAGGUUUUAAAGGAAUGAAGUCUUGGUAAUACAAGAGCUUGCUGCAGCUCUGAGCUGUGAAGUCUUUGGCAAGCAAGUAAAGCCAGACGACGUGUGUGUGAGUUAGUGAGGAGUUCAGUUGAAUGUUGCCAAAGGAUAAGUGUGUUGCUCCUUAAGUAGUUUGCUGUAAAUAAGUGUCGAAGCAAAGUGGAGACUUUAAUUUUCCAAAAGGAAAUUCUUGAUCUUGUACACUGGCAAUUGCUUUGUCUCUUAUCCUGAAUGACAGUGCUUAGAAAUAAUAGUACAGGAGAGGGUAAGUUCACUGCACUAUAAUGGAGAUGUUUUGGUAGGAGUGCUUGAAGCACACAAGUCUGUUCUGAAGGAACUUGGAGUACUUUGUGCCUAUAAAGACCCUCACUUCUGUACAAAGAGCUUUUCUGAAUGAUUUUGGUGGGCUGACAUCCUUACAAAUCCAUUUCUAGAAAUCCGAUGAUGGCUUAGCACAGAUUCUCCAGGGCACGACACAUCAUUUCAUGACCUCUCUUGGAUGCUAUGAGGUUCAGGUUCAUAAAUUGUUUAGCAUGCCUUCGUUUUCCAAGAAACACACUCGUCGUCCCUUCAUGCUACAUGGGGCCAUAGGGAGCCUGGUGGUUCUACUCCAGACCUAUGGGUUGAGUGUCUCCUGAUCAGCGCUGUACAUAUUCUCGUUGCCUCGUGGUAUUUAUGAAAACGCGAUGGACCGCCUUCCUCCUGUCAUGAUUUUCCUUUGAAAUAACUGGGAUGUGUGAAGACAAGACUUCUUGUCAAACCAGUCUUGCAUCAUGACUGCAUUGCCUUUCCGAAAUAAAAGGGAGUACCUGUAAAUAAUGUAUCUAAAUAGUUAUUGGUUUUAUUAUCGUGGAUGUUAGAGUUCACAAUCUAGAUGUAAUUGAUUUUAGUUCCACACAAUAUAGUAUACAUUUGUGUCUCCUACCAGAAAAGCCGUUGCCUAGAAUAGGUUCUAAAUUGUCCGCUGCCCUGCACACAGGCUGACUUUUCUGGGCCCUGGGUAAGGGGCGGGGCUUUCCAGGCCCCCGAAAGGGGCAGGCCCUCAGGCAGAAGGGGUGGGGCUAGGAGCUAGUCAGCCCAUCAGCACCACCUGGCAGACGCCAUCCUGGACUCUGGCGAUAAUUUAAAGGGCCCGAGGCUUUGGCCGCUGCCAUUUCUUCUGUAGCAGUGGCCAGAGGUCCUGUACCCUUUUAAAUUGCUGGGCCCCAGGAGAGCUGUUCCCCCUCCCCAGUUGAUGAGCCUGCCUGUAGCAGAGAACUGGGAGGGGGUUCAUUUCUUCUCACUGCUACCCAUGUCAUUUUCUCCACUAUAGCCUUCCAGUUCCUUUGCUUUAAAGAAUACUGGUGUAACCUUGGUCACUUCAAAUUGUUCUAUGAUAAGCUGAUGGUGAAUUAUCACCAUGUAACUUUACCGAUUAAAAUCUUUGUAAAUGCCAAAGUUUUGAACUGGGGAACCCACUGAUAAGUCAUGGGAUUGCUUCAUUUCAAAGCAACAUGGAUGACAGUAGGAGUAGAUGGGAAAUGACCUAGAGAAAUAACAGUCUUGAAAACAAUAUAGUGUAGAUCUGUCCAAUGUAAUAGCUGACUACAAGUCCCGUAUUUGCUCUGAGUUGUUAUGGGCAUGCAUUAAUUAAUGUCUUGUUCUGUGUUCCUGAAUGUAGUCAUUUUGAAGCAUAUGAAAUACAAAGUGUGACGUAACAAUAAAUGAUACUGUCUAGCACAUCUGUUUCUUAGUUUUAAAUACCCCAAAUAACUGUUGUCUUCAUGUGAUGAGAAAACAUGUUUACAAGAUAACUUAUUGUAUGAAACUUGUUUAGAAAUUCACUUUGCACAAAAGCACGUUUUGGUGUGAAGAAAUUUGGACCUGGUGCUGAUUUAGGAUUGAUUCUUACAUUAAUUAAUCCACUAAGAUUGCCAAAAACAGAUAGCAUUUGUACUUAACUAGACUAAG